AGUCAUUUUGGUUCAAGGCAUUUUUGUUGCAAGGUGCGAACGCAAGUGCGAAGCGCGUGCCCGCAGGAGCUCCCUGCAUCCAGCCAAGAUGAUCCGCGCUGCCGCGUGCGCGUCUGCAGCGGCCCUGGUCUGUGCCAGCGCGGCCCCGUUGGCCGACGGCUACUCCAGCCUGGGCGCAAAACGCACAAGGUCCGUUGGCAGCGAAGACGUGCCAGAAGGGCAUGGCAGCCAGAAAACGGGCACAGGUGGCGCCAGCAGCUUCGACUACAGCAAGUACGCGUCGGCGAGCCAGGGCAACCAGAAUUCGGGCGCGGGCGGCGACAGCAGCUUCGACUACAGCAGCUACAUGUCGUCGGCGGGCCAGGACAACCAGAAGAAAGGCACGGGCGGCGACAUGAGCUUCGACUACAGCAAGUACAUGUCGUCGGCGGGCCAGGGCAGCCAGAGGAAACGCGCGGGUAGCAACAACAGCUUCGACUACAGCAGGUACAUGGCUGGGGGCAACGGCGCCAGCUCCGCCUUGGGCGGGGGCUCCGAGGCCAACUCCGCCCCCGCCGCCGCGGGCGUCCUGCUCGCCAGUGGCGGCGCUGGAGAUUUCGCGAGCAAGUACGGCGGAGGCGACUGGCAGUCCUUCGCGCGGGGCGCCACGAGUGCCUCGGGCCCCAGCGGGGAUGGCUUCGAGAAUGACUUCGACUACUCGAACUUCUCGCGUGGCUUCGACUACUCGAACUUCUCGCGCGGUUUCAUCCCCGCCCACGCCUGGAGCGAGGGCCGCUUCGAUGCCGUGGAGCAGGCCCCGUUUUCCGCCAGCGACUGCCACGACAUGACCUGCCUGAAGGCCUGGGAGAAGGCGCAGACGGCACAGGCGUCCAAGUACGGUAGCUACGCCCCCAAGAUCGCCCAGGACGCCUGGAACUCCGACAUCGAGAAGCAGUACAACGCCAGCAAGGCCCGCAUCGAGGAGGAGAUGCACAAUGCCUCGGAGGUGGCCAACGCCUCGGAGGCCAACGCCUCGAAGGCCAGCGCCUCGCGCGCCGCGGCGCCCAAGGCUGGCACCUCGAAGAGUGCGGAGGCGCCCGAGGCGCGCAGCCGCGCCGCGGCGGCGCCCAGGGCUGGCGCCUCCGCGGGGGCGGCGGGCGCGGGCAGCCGGGCGGCGGCGAGGCGUGGCGCCAGCCACGAGGCGGGCGCCAGGCUGCCGGACGCGCCCGCGGGCGCCGCCGCGUCCGCCGCCGCUGGCAGCGCCUCCGUGCCCUCGAGGGCGGCGGGCGGCGCCGCCGCCGCGGGCGUCCUGCUCGCCAGCGCGGCCCCGUUGGCCGACGGCUACUCCAGCCUGGGCGCAAAACGCACACAGUCCGAUGGCAGCGAAGACGUGCCAGAAGGGCAUGGCAGCCAGAAAACGGGCACAGGUGGCGCCAGCAGCUUCGACUACAGCAAGUACGCGUCGGCGAGCCAGGGCAACAAGAAUUCGGGCGCGGGCGGCGACAGCAGCUUCGACUACAGCAGCUACAUGUCGUCGGCGGGCCAGGACAACCAGAAGAAAGGCGCGGGCGGCGACAUGAGCUUCGACUACAGCAAGUACAUGUCGUCGGCGGGCCAGGGCAGCCAGAGGAAACGCGCGGGUAGCAACAACAGCUUCGACUACAGCAGGUACAUGGCUGGGGGCAACGGCGCCAGAUCCGCCUUGGGCGGGGGCUCCGAGGCCAACUCCGCCCCCGCCGCCGCGGGCGUCCUGCUCGCCAGUGGCGGCGCUGGAGAUUUCGCGAGCAAGUACGGCGGAGGCGACUGGCAGUCCUUCGCGCCGGGCGCCACGAGCGACUCGGGCCCCAGCGGGGAUGGCUUCGAGGAUGGCUUCGACUACUCGAACUUCUCGCGUGGCUUCGACUACUCGAACUUCUCGCGCGGUUUCAUCCCCGCCCACGCCUGGAGCGAGGGCCGCUUCGAUGCCGUGGAGCAGGCCCCGUAUUCCGCCAGCGACUGCCACGACAUGACCUGCCUGAAGGCCUGGGAGAAGGCGCAGACGACACAGGCGUCCAAGUACGGCAGCUACGCCCCCAAGAUCGCCCAGGACGCCUGGAACGCCGACAUCGAGAAGCAGUACAACGCCAGCAAGGCCCGCAUCGAGGAGGAGAUGCACAAUGCCUCGGAGGUGGCCAACGCCUCGGAGGCCAACGCCUCGAAGGCCAGCGCCUCGCGCGCCGCGGCGCCCAAGGCUGGCACCUCGAAGAGUGCGGAGGCGCCCGAGGCGCGCAGCCGCGCCGCGGCGGCGCCCAGGGCUGGCGCCUCCGCGGGGGCGGCGGGCGCGGGCAGCCGGGCGGAGGCGGCGAGGCGUGGCGCCGCCGCCGCCGCGGGCGGCGCCUCCGCGUCGGGCGGCAGGGCGGCGGAGCCGCGGGCGAGCGGCGAGGCCACGGCCCCCGCCGAGAGGCUGGCCGCGGCGCCGGCGGGCGAGCAGGGCGGCGUCGGCCACGCCGGCUGGGUGGCGGCGGCCUCCGCGGCGGCCCUGGCCGCCGCGGCGGCGCGCGCGGUGCGCGGCCGCCGGCAGGGCGUGUCGGAGGAAGCCGCCGAGGGCGCCCUGUACCAGUCGCUGGACUGGUUCACUGCGCGUGCGGGCAGCAUACAGCGCAUGCCCGAGUGCGUCACGCCCCGCUUGUGGGCGGGCGUGGCAAAUAUUUCGCGCGCGAGCAGCGAG